UUAAAAUCGCAUAGGAAGUGAAUAAAAAUGUUUUGUUAUCACGGUUGACAUGGAAGAACUCCUCCAGGAUAUCUUCAGAGAAGCUACUGGGCCGAAGUUAAUCUCUCUGAAAAAAUCAUGUCAGGAUGCGUUAGAAGUGCUAUGUAUGCAAGAAAGCAGCCGGCGGGCGUCGUACGAGCUGCGGCGCGCGUGCCUGCUGCCGCUGCAGAUCGCGCUAGAGACCAAGCGCCCCCGCCUAGUCGCAUUCGCUCUCCAGGGCUUUCAUAAAAUACUGCGUGAUGAUCGUUUCCACCGCGGUAUUGAGCCGGAAGAUGAUUCGCUAUGGAUGCCAUCCCAGCUGUUAUGUGCCACCACAUCAGUUAUGUAUCAUCUACCAGAUACGCAGGUGCAAAUAUUCCGCAUGUACCUGUCGAUGGCACUGUCUCCAAGACGCACACUCAACGGGCGGCUGUGCGUGUGGGCGUGCGGGCGCUGCGGCGAGGCAGCGGGCGCGGCGCCGCACGUGGCCGCCGCUGCUCGAGCCGCCGCCGCGCAGAUGUUGAGAGCAUAUUGCGCUCAAUUGGAUGAAGAAUGUCAAGAGCUGCUUACAGAAGGGUCACCACUCGGAAGAAACCACAUCGUUGCAGUGGGAUGUUAUAGCGAAGUGAUCCCGGUCAUACAAUAUUUAUGCAGCAGGCUGGCAGAGACUCAGCUAAUUCCAAAACAAAAUCCACUAGCAUUGUUCUUCUUGGAUUGUUUGCUUACUCUGAUGUCGAGUCUUUCUGCGCGAGUGAGUGGUAACUCGCAUUUUACGACAUUUCUGUGGCAAAAGUUUUGUCCAUCUCUCAUAUCCUUCUUGGGUACACCGAGAGUCGACAAGAAUAUAAAAUCAAGGGAACACGAUGGUCACUUAGUUGAUGACUCUGGCAGAGGAUCUGGAGCAUUAGUUUGUGCUCCCAGCUUCAAUAGCAAGCAAGCAAAAGCUAUCUACAGCAUCGCCAAUCAAUUGGUUCGUCUGGUGGGCUCAACAUCAAACUUACGACCGGUGCUUGAGGCAUUGUACCACAGAAUGCUGCUAUACCCGCCCGUACAACACCGCGUAGAACCUUUGCGCAGUGUUCGUGAAAUGCUUCAGAAUCCAAAGAGAUUGUGCCAAUUAGUACUCAUGAAGAGAGCUGAUCAUCCUGAACGUCAUAGCGACGAUAUGGCUAUUAUAAGGCUAAUUAUGGAUGGCAUAGAAGAAUGUGGCCGAAGUGGUAAUCCAGAAGUGGUAGCCGCAGCCGUGGAAUGCGUAUUCUCACUCCUCGAUGCAUUAGAAAAACUCUGCUCCGGUUCUGUGGAGUACCUGACAGCAGAUACAACUACUCUUAUACUAAAUCACUGGCCCAAGCUACAGGAUGCUGAUUAUACAGGACCUUUAACUUAUCAGACGUUGGCAAGACUGCCGAGUCCAUAUCGUGAUGUCGUUGCUGUACUACAAAGUAAUGAAUCUAAGGAUCACGACUCUUCUGACACAUCUGGGCCAGAGAAUAUCAGCUCCGGAAGUGAAGCGGAAGCGGAUUCAGACGCUGACAAUGUGUUUUUACCGUCAAGAGCGAAUAACCCUUCUUCGCCGAAAAACGCACAAAAAGAAACUUUUAUUGAUAAAACUAAAACCAUACCAAAAACAUUGAAUCUUGGGAGGUGUACAAUAACGGAAUGCAAUGUGGAUCUAGAAAGACAUAACGCAAGACAAUUUGUCAAGACUUUGCAGAACUCUCUUUUACCUAAACUGAUCAAUCUUAGGACAUGUAUUGAGGUGGACGAAGCAAUGCAAGACUUUGCCUCGAAAUGCUGCCAACACAAUGCCUCCCAACCUCCUGCUACAGUCUGCAUCAUGAAUGCAGAUGGCGUUUAUUUGGCCACUUACGCUGCUCUCCUUCUUACACUGAAACAACGACGCACAAGAUACUAUAGUGACAACAACAAAAUUCAAGUGCCUCUAACAGAAGACGAGUUCGUUGAUGAAGUUCAGGGAAGUGGGGUAUUGGUGUAUUUAUCAGCGACAUGGCUGCGUGAAUUGUACCAGCAAGUUCUGGCAACGGAUCUAUUAAAGGAUGUGCCUACAGCUGAGCAUCCACUUAUACAUUUACUAUCAGAUUUGGGAGGUUUAGACCAGAAUCCAGUUAUGUCCGACUGGCAGAAGCUUAAAGAAGUUUCCAUGAUUUACAACAAUGUAAACGAUUCGCAAGAAUAUCGGGCUAGUUUGCGAUGGUCUAGAAGAAUCUUGACUUGCAUUUGGGAUUCUAUGGUCACAGUUUUGAGCGGCCCACUGACUGGGUACAGGAAUAAAAAACAUAAGCUUCAUGGAAUAAUAAAGACGAAAAUCAAUACUUUCGGUAAAAGGAAGCGUAUUGCUUGGGAAGGUUUGACGAUUCAGUGCUUAGAGGGACUGCAUAAGGCCGCAAGAAUAAGCACAACUCUAAGCCUUCAAAAUCGUUGCAGCAGCAUAUUAGCACUUUUAUCUAAUUCAGCUAUUUCCCAACCAGCUAAUGGAAAGAUUUUAUCAACGCAUGCUUUGUCACUCGAUAUUUUAAUUUCAGGUGGCCUCGAACUGGGAUCUAAAGCACCGGAAUGUUGGGAGCAUAUAUUCGCAGCUUGUCAGUACGUGUCAAGCUUCGAACAUUCCUUGUUCGGUCAGCAAGGUAAUAAUGCAACGCCAAUAGUUACGAUGCAAACAGGAAGGAACAAGACUGUCUCCAUACUACAGGCUGAUGCAAAGAUGACCUUGGAUGGAAGAGACGACGAAACCUGCGUUGAUAUUUUCAACUUUUUACAACCGGUGCUCGAAAAUAAUUCAAACAACGAUAUGUCCGUGGCGAAGAUUGUGGAAACUUGCCGACAAGAGGGCGGAAACGUGAUCUCGGGCGCAGGCGCGGCGCGCGUGUGUUGCGCGCUGUCCGCGGCGGCCGACGCGCUGUUCACCCGCCUCGCCGCCACCACCACGCUGCCGGCGCUGCGGGCGGCGCUGCAGCGACUCGUGGCGCACAAUCAUAGACUGCUGUUCUGUUCCUGGGAGACUGAUGUGGCGAACAACAACGCAACUUGGUGGCGGCGAGGGCGAGCAGGUGCGGGGGCAGGCGCGGCGGGGGGCGAGGCGGCGCGCGCGCUCUGCCGCGCGGGGGACGUCGCGCUGCGCUGCCUGCGCGCCGCGAGGCCACUUGCGCACCGCAUGGCUAUAUGGACGGUUGUAGGACCGCACUUUAUGCAGGCGGCGUGCCACAAGGACAUACAAAUAUCAAGUUUGGCUAUACAAUGUCUGCACGACUGUGCGACCGCCUUGCUUAAUCAGCAAGUAGAACUUCCUCAUUUCCAUUUCAAUGAAGCUUUGUUAAAACCUUUCGAAAAUCUUCUCUGCCUGGAACUAUGUGAUGAUGACAUACAGGAACAAAUAAUUUCAUGCAUCUGUGAAUUCGUGGAAACGAAUAGAAUGGAGAUUCGAUCUGGUUGGCGUCCAUUAUUUAAUACACUGCGAGCAGCGAACAACUCCAAUCAAUAUUCAGCUAUUCUUGAAAUAUUUAAAGUGUUCCUUAAUACAGAUAACACGUUAGUAUUCGCAAAUGCAGCACUGGACUGCAUUCUGUGUCUUUUAAGUCAUAUAAAAGGACUUCAUUACGAAGAUACACAAAAUAACGAAGCAAAGCCAAAAAAGGCCACAACUCCACAACAGCCAAAACCAAGCCUGAGCCUUAAGUUCUCCAAAAAUAGUAAAUUUAUUCCUCUUAACGAAGAAAAAUCUGAAAAAGUUAUCGUGGAUAUGUGUAGAGAAGCGUUAUAUCACUUGGAAAAUUGUGCUGAUAUUUUAACUAUGAUGUAUAAUAUGCCAAAAUGCCCCAUUUUUAAUACAGGUAACCGAAUAAAAGGCGAUCUGCCCUUAUCUGUUGUGGAUCCAAUCAUACCAAGUGGCUCGCUCGAUGUAACCAAAUACAUUGUAAACGGAAAUUUUGACGAGGAAUUAUUGUCGUACAAAAAGUUAUCAACAAGUCUACCACCCUCGAAUACAACAAAUAAUUGUUUAUUAAAACUCGACAAACCCAGCAAUAUCCUUAAGGUUUGGUAUGUUUUGAUAGAUGGUUUAAUUUCGGCAACUGUCGUGUGUUCCAAGAAAAAUCAACCAGCUGCUAUGGAGACACUAUUCAAAUUAUUAAAAAACAUAUCUGAUGUUCCUGGAACUCAUUUUGGUUUACAUUGUAUAAACCAUUUACUAUUACCAACUGUACAAAAUUGGCUACGACAAAUAGCAAACGUUAAUACACACUGGGAUAGUAUAAUGCCAAAUUUCAAACAAUGCUGUGGUAUGACCACGGACACAUUUGUCAUAUACUUACACCAGUUACAACAAAUUAAUAUUGAAAGAGCUACUACUGACGAAAAGGGUGAAAGAUUAUUAACGGAACCAAUCGAAAGCUCCGAGGCAACGUUUGCUUUAAAGCAAAUCAUGCUCAUCUUAGUAGAAUGUAUUGCUCAGCCGCAAGAACCAAUAGCAAGAUUAGGAGCGUCAUGUAUACGACACAUCAUUUUGACUUCUGGACAUCUUCUAACAGACAAUCAGUGGGAAAUAAUUUGUACAAGCUUACAUAGAGCUUGUAAUGUUAGUUUGAGUCCACUUAAACAAUUGACUUAUGCUUUCAAAGAAAAUUCUAACAGUUUUUAUGGAGACUUGGCUAUUGUAAAAGUUGCAGCCAGGCGAGAUUGUUCUGUAAAUGACAAUGUUAGAUUACAUGCGAUGGCGCAACAGGUGUUCUUGACUGAUCAGCUAAGAGGCGACAGUCAAGUGAAACAAACAUCUAAAAAUUCUUCUCAAAACUUAAUUGACGAUCGAAGUUACAUAUUUCUUAUUUACCUUCAAGAGUCCGCCAAUUCUCUUAAUCCUGACUUAUUUACUGUUAGAAUACCUAAUAGAGGAUUAGUCGUGGGAUUGCUCGCACAUCAAAUAUUGGUGCAAAUUAUCGCUACGGUUCUGAUACAAUCAUCAUCAGACGUCUUUCAUGGAAUCAACAGCAUAUUGUUAGAAAGUUUUAAGAGUGGAACAAAUGUUUGUAAUUACAAAUUCUUUUUAAAUAAGGAUAAUAUCGACCUUCUACUCAGAAGUUUGGAAUUGUCUUACACAAGAGCAAUGCAAUUCGAUUCAAGACCGGGACUAAAAUUUCUGGUCCAAAAAGUAUCGAACUUAGAUCACGCAGCUAACCUUUAUAAACAAACGUCUUCGUCUUGGCUUAUUAAAAUUAUAGCACUUACAGAAAUAUUUUUCAGCGGUGUAUUGAAAUUUAAAAUGAAGUCCACAGAUGUAUCUAUCGUAUUGAAUAAUUACAAGACUACUUUAAAUAUGACUUUAGAGUACGAUCAAUUUGUCAUGAAAAUAUUUGACUUGAAGGCUACUUGGGAUUUGCUUUGUUGCAACUACGUAAAACACCUGAUAAACAUUACCGAUUUUGAUGAUCUUGAUCAUCUCAAAGAUAGAAUCUCAUGCAGUUCAGAAGAGUCCGAUUCAUCUUCUAAUAACUAUGAUAACUUCUACUCUCACGAGCCAACAGACACAACUGAUGAAACUCUUUCACAAGAACAUCAUAAGCUUACUUCGUCUGAGGAUGUCGAAAAACCUAAGCCAUUCACUUUUGCUGACUUCAAAGCUAAUACAAUCAAUGAUGAAGCCACUACUCCAACAAUAUUUACUAAAAAUGAUAAAAAUACAGAAAAUAAUGAAAAUACUCUUCUCUCUUUUAAUGAAUCUGAAACAAAUAUUCUAAAAGAUAACUGUGAGCAAGCGAAGCAAAAUCGUAAGUCACUAGAUUACCCUCCAAGUGACAGUUGUCCAGUUGAAACUAAAAGACGAAGCGCAUCUGAAAAUAACGAUGGCACCAGGAAAGUUAACAUUACUAUAUGUGAUGGACCCACAUUCGAAAAAGCAAAAAGUAUUGAGCCGUUAAUUCCACCGCAACCGGUGCCACCUGAGAUAGAACAACAGAGGACUCUGAGUAUUAAUAAGGACAUGGAAGUACAGAGGAAUUGUUUCCAGAACAUUUUAAUGGCAUAUCUAGAAUUGGUUCUGACGUUUCCUUUGGAGCGGUUUCAACUCAUCUAUCCUGUAUUACAGACUGGAUUUAUGCAGCUAGCUAAAACAGUCACCGAACCGCAGCUUCUCGAUAGAAUCAACAUAUUUUUCGAUAAAAAAGACUUAACUGAAUUUAGAUAUAAGUAAUUAAUCAAUUGUGAUACUGUAAAUGUCACAUAUAAUAUUAUAUUCCCAGAUCAAUAAGUGUUGUGCGUAAAAUAAAACUACUAU